AGGGGAGUCCAGCCAACGUGCAAGGAAACGAAGACAGAGAGGAGAGGAGAGGAGAGGAGGUCCCCCGCCGCCGCGCCGCUCGAAAUCCCCAAACGCCCAAACCCCUAGGCAAGAUCAAAUCAGAUCAGAUCUCUCCACCCCCACCCCCACUCCAAUCCCCAGCCGAAAGCCCAUCCAUGGCGAUCGUCUACGCCCUGGUCGCUCGGGGCACGGUGGUUCUGGCCGAGUUCGCCGCCGUCUCAGGCAACGCCGGCGCCGUGGCCCGCCGGAUCCUCGAGAAGCUGCCGCCCGACGCCGAGUCCAGGCUGUGCUUUGCGCAGGACCGGUACAUCUUCCACGUCCUCCGGUCUGACGCCGCCGGCAUCACCUUCCUCUGUAUGGCCAACGACACCUUCGGAAGAAGAAUCCCCUUUCUCUACCUGGAGGACAUCCAAAUGAGGUUCAUGAAAAACUACGGCAGAGUCGCCCACUCUGCGCUGGCUUACGCCAUGAACGAUGAAUUCUCCAGGGUGCUCCAUCAGCAAAUGGAGUUCUUCUCCAGCAACCCAAGUGCUGACACACUCAACCGUCUCCGCGGAGAAGUCAGUGAGAUACACACCGUCAUGGUCGACAACAUUGAGAAAAUUCUUGACAGAGGCGACCGCAUCUCGCUCCUUGUGGACAAGACAUCCACCAUGCAGGACAGCUCCUUUCACUUCCGCAAGCAAUCCAAGAGGCUCCGCAGAGCUCUUUGGAUGAAGAAUGCCAAGCUUCUAGUUGUGUUGACAGUUGUCAUAGUAGUGCUGCUCUACUUGAUCAUUUCUGCUUUCUGUGGAGGCCUUUCCUUAUCAUCAUGCAGAUCAUGAAUAACACACCAGAUGGUUGGCCUUCCCUUGACUGGAAGGUAAAAUACCAUGGAAUGAUGCCUGCUAUGUUGAGCACCUGAGCUUCCGGAGGCAGAAAAGAUCGAUCAAUGUUUUGAGGAGGAUACCUCCACUGUGGUUUCCAGUUUGCCCUUUUGUGGUGACAUGAGUUAGUCGUGCAACACUGGGAUCAGCGUGUACAGUACGUGGAUUGUUGUUCAAGGAGUGGAGUUGGCAGUUGCUGUGGUCAAUUGGUUUUUAUGUCUCCAUGUGUUGUGGGUGAAUCUUAAAAUCUUGGUGUACUUAUUAUCUUUUUGGGCCUAUCAAACUGUCAUUGUGCUUUGUGGGGAAUGGAAAUGAGUUGCUGUGUAGAGUUACUUGGUUAAUGUGCAAACAUAUAUGUAUGCUGCAAUGAGUGUUACAUACUUAUUAUGGUUAGCAGUGUAUGACAAUUACACUCGAAAAUGGAUUGUGUCUCGGCUGUUA